GGCGCCGGUUGCCAUGGCGGCGGGCGCGGGGUCCUCUAUCAGAGCUGGGCUAACUCUGUUCCGCCUGACGGGCAGUAGACACACGGGGAAGGGGGAGACAGGCAGAUCCGCGGCUCCUUCGCUUGGAGCCAUCGUCUCCCGGUAACCCCGGGAUGGAGAACCCACCACUAGGCUCGGGGUUGAAGGAUUACCAUGUGCUGAAUCUGAUCGGGGAGGGGUCCUUCGGCAGAGUCUAUAAGGGCCGCAGGAAGUUCAGUGGACAGGUCGUGGCGCUGAAGUUCAUCCCGAAGGUCGGCCGCUCGGAGAAGGAGCUGAGGUGCCUGCAACGGGAGAUUGACAUCAUGCGGGGUCUCCGGCACCCCAACGUGAUCCAGCUGCUCGACAGCUUCCACACUGACCAGGAGGUAGUGGUGGUGACGGAGUAUGCGGAGGGCGAACUCUUCCAGGUGUUGGAGGAUGACGGCAGCCUCUCCGAGGAGCAGGUCCAGGAGAUUGCGGGGCAGCUGGUGUCUGCUCUGUAUUACCUGCACUCCCACCGCGUCCUACACCGGGACCUGAAGCCUCAGAAUGUUCUGAUCGGCAAGGGAGGGAUCCUCAAACUCUGCGACUUUGGCUUUGCACGGGCCAUGAGCCAGCAGACCCUAGUGCUGACCUCCAUCAAAGGGACCCCACUGUACAUGAGCCCAGAGCUGGUGGAGGAGAGACCCUACGACCACACGGCCGACCUCUGGUCCUUGGGCUGCAUCCUCUAUGAGCUCUUUGUCGGCACUCCUCCCUUCUACACCAGCAGCAUCUUCCAGCUGGUUAGCAUUAUCGUCAGAGACCCUGUCAAGUGGCCCAAGGGCAUCAGCUCCCAAUUCAAGGAGUUUCUGCAGGGACUUCUGACCAAGGAUCCAAACCAGAGACUCUCGUGGCCUGACCUCCUCCACCACCCAUUCGUGGCUGACAGAGUAUUCGUAGUGGAGGAGGAGAGACAGGAUGAGGCCAGCUACAAGCCCCUGACCCUUGUGCUAAGCCCCGAGGAACAGGCACGGAAGGAAAAGCAGAGCCGUGAACGGGCACCCACCUCUGGUCACUCCCGCAUCCUGAGGAAGGCCCGGCAGAGAAUGCUGCAGGAGGGACGCAACAAGGACUCGGGUAAUCAAUUGGUCAUCCAGGAGACAAACCCAAGGGUGGAUUCCAAGGCCCAGGAGAGUAGGUGGCCUGCAGGAGAAGAGGCUGCUAAUGACUGGAUCCCAGCACACAGCGCUCAUCCCUGUGUACAGACCACCAGCCACCAGGGAAGCACGCAGGCCCAGCAGACGGGGCAGAGUCUUCGACAGAUCAGCCGGGAUUAUGAGCUGGAGUUCCCCGAGGUCCAGAUCUCAACGAGGAUGGUGAAGAAGAAAAGUCACAGCACAGAAAAUGAGCAGGCAGUGGACAGUGAUGAUGAAUGGCAGCAGCUGAUCGAGGCCACUGACCCAUCUGCUCUGCAGCUCAGCACCCCGCUGGCUCUCCUGCAGGACCCCACCUUCCGCGAACGACUGCAGACUAGGCUGGAGAACUCCAGCGCGCAGGUACUGGAGGGGAUGCUGGAGGGAGCCUCCCGAUUACGCCCAGUGCUGCGCGUCACCACCCACCUGCUGGCCACGCGAUGUGACGGGGAGCUGCUGCACACCUUCUCUCAGAGCCUGCGCCUGCCCCAGCUCCUGCUACAACUCAUCAGGGCUGUGCUGCAGAGUGACCAUCUCCGACAGCAGCCCUGGAGAGCACCUGUUCUCUGCGACCUCCUCUCUGCCCUAUCUGCCUACUUUGCUGGUGACUUUGGCAUGGAUUCUGAUAGUGGGAUACAGGCAUUGGACCAGUCUGCCUCACAGUUCCUCUCACUCCUCCCUUGGCUGCUGUCACAGGGGUCUGUCCAGGAACCGCGGCUGAAGGAACAAGCUCUCACGUGUCUCAUCCUCCUGUGUGAGGCAGUGGAUCGAACCUCUCAGGCUUCCUCUCGCUUGGUUUAUGAGUCUCUGCUGUCUGAGCACCAGGCUGUAUUGGACAGUUUGCUGCAGGGCAGCCAGGAAAUGCAGCAGCCACCCACAAAGCAGCAAGGUUUGGAAGGGUUUUCGGAGUCCCAGGAUCACCUUCAGGUUGUGCACACUGCUGCAGUGGCUGCUCUCUGCCACGUCCCACCAGGAGGGAGCUGCUGUCAAGAAUCCAAGCGCAAGGUGACUCAGUAUGUGAACAACCGCCUCUUUCCCACAGAGAAGCCACGGGCACCGAACAGGUUUCUGAAUGGAAUUAAAGACCAGACCCUGGUGCCCUACACACUAAAGGUUAUCUACUCCUGCUGUAAUGUCAGUAAAGACACAUGUCAGCUCGUCAUGGACGAGGCUUUACAAAACUUGAUCGGGCUCCUGGAAAGUCAGGUCUCCCCCGAAGACCCCGUCUGGUCUCAGCUCUGGGAACUUUCUCUCUUCCUUCUGUUGCUGGUGGUGAUACAAUUGGAUCAUGUCCCAGACAGGCUGGAAGAUGCAACCGGUGCAGUCGUCUCGAUCUUACUGCGAUCUCCGGUUCACACUAGUGCUGCAGCCCUCCUAUUGAUCGAAUUGAGGUCUCGAGGUUGUUCCGUGGAGCUUCAGCUCGAAGACCUUCUGCAAGCAGCCCUUGUCACGCUGACUUCCAGCUUCCAGCAUUCAGUUACCCCACCACAAGACCUGGGCAUGUUGGACGGGCUGUUGAUCCUGUUGCUGCAGAUAGCUGCUGAGGGUGCAGCUGCCAUUCUCCAGGGUUCUGAGGUGUGGCCACUCAGCUGGCGGAGGGUGUGCCAUGCCCUGCGCAUCUGCCCGGAGGGGCCGCUGAUGGAAGGGGACACGCCGAGACCAGGAAGACCCACCCCUGUCCCCAACUGGAGCUGUCUCUCUCCCACAGGGCUUCUGGCUUUCCUCAGUCUGGCCACACUGGUGUUUGCCACCGUUCCCUACCACUGCAUUCCGCUGCUCUCCAGUCCCUCCAGUGUCGUGUUGGCAACACUCGGGCAUCUGCUGUCAGAGCCAUUCCUCGCUCAUCUGAGUCAAAGGUUCUGCUCCGAGCCCGGCCAGGACUUCGUGUCAUGCGUGGUGCUGCGAGUGUGCCAGCUCCUGUGUUUUCCCUUCGCCACAGAUGUGGAGGAGCCACUCUUCAGUAAUGUCCUGCUAGCCCUGCUGGAGGGAGACAUGGUCCGGCACCUAGUGCAGCUGACUCUGUGUGGCCUGCCCUCCCCAGAACCUGACCUGCCCCUGUCUCUGCUCUGCCACCUCUCCCUGUCGGCAGUGGGCCCCAGUCAGGAGCGGCUGCUCUCCAGCCUGCCCCCUCCUACCCACCUCUCCUCUCUGCUGAACCAGCUCCUUUCCUCUCCUCCCCCCUCUGCUUCUCCCUCCUCACCACCCCCUCCUGCUCUCUUACUGUCACUCCUCUCCUGGCUUUGCCGCCUCUCUCCCCCUACUCGGCCACUACUGCGCGACGCAUUGGAGGGAGAGGGAGGCGAGGGGAGUUCCACGCCCUGUCCCUCCAGACCCCUGCUCCAAGCUCUGUCCCACCCACACCCUCUGGUCCGGUCCCAGGCAUGUCAGCUGGCCUCUGUCCUGCGACUGGAGGGCGAGGCGGCAGGGAAUGGGGUCACCUCUCCAGGAUCCCCACCCGCUCCCAGAGCUUUCCCUGAGGGAGAGUGAGCUGCUGGGCAGGAGUCCAAGAGGUCCUGAUCUCCCUCAAGGCUCCCAAGCUUCUGGCCCAGCUGUGGGAUUGGACUGUGCCUUCUCUCACCACCCCUGGCAUGCACACCCAGUCAUCGGUCCAGAGGUUUCUCCAUCACUACUCCCAGAACUUGGACAUCUUGUGGUCACCUCCCCUCCUGACACCAUGCCUCUCUCCUGGGACAACAAGGGCUGAGGGUUGUAAGCAGGAUGGGAGCUGACAGGGAGCGAGGCAGCCAAAGGCAAAAGGUUGGGCUGGGUUGGGGGUAGUGUGCAAGAACAAAGUCCGUGGUGUUGCGAGGUCACAAUUCAAUGGUGGAGAUCACAUAAGUGAGGGGCGAAGGGCAGAGGUCAGAUCAGCGAGAGAUUGCAGGUCAGGGAUGGAGCCUAACAACAGAAAGGUCAGGGCACUAAGGGGUUGGAGGUCAGGGGUGGUGAGAGGUCACAAGUCCAGCAAAAGUGACAGACAAUGGGUCAGGAACGAAGGUUUGGGCAGAGGUCAGUUACAGGUCAGGGUCAGCUAGAGAUCAGCUACACAGGCUGUGAGAAGUCAGGGGUCAGUUGGUCUGGGGUUGAAAGCAGACACAGCAGCUAUUUUACCUGAGGGGCUCCAAGAGCUGUUUCCUUCCUUUGGCAUAGGGGGAUGGCAGGUGGAGGGAGGGAAAUGGGUAGAGAGACCUCCACUUCCCGUUGUGCACCAUACCAUCCAUCAGCUCUGUAUGUCCUCACAUUAAAUUCUAUCUGAUAAACUAUCACAUCCAAAUAUUGCAUAUUUAGUUCAUCCAUAGCUUGUACGUUGCUGUCGAGUGAGUGCUGCACACAGGGUUGCUAGCCUUGAGUGCCUGUGCCAGUCUUUCCUGGAGGUCAGCUGUCGUUCCAGCAUCACUGACCUUUCUCAGUUGCCAUCCAGUCUUUCCUGGAGGUCAGCUGUCGUUCCAGCAUCACUGACCUUUCUCAGUUGCCAUCCAGUCUUUCCUGGAGGUCAGCUGUCGUUCCAGCAUCACUGACCUUUCUCAGUUGCCAUCCAGUCUUUCCUGGAGGUCAGCUGUCGUUCCAGCAUCACUGACCUUUCUCAGUUGCCAUCCAGUCUUUCCUGGAGGUCAGCUGUCGUUCCAGCAUCACUGACCUUUCUCAGUUGCCAUCCAGUCUUUCCUGGAGGUCAGCUGUCGUUCCAGCAUCACUGACCUUUCUCAGUUGCCAUCCAGUCUUUCCUGGAGGUCAGCUGUCGUUCCAGCAUCACUGACCUUUCUCAGUUGCCAUCCAGUCUUUCCUGGAGGUCAGCUGUCGUUCCAGCAUCACUGACCUUUCUCAGUUGCCAUCCAGUCUUUCCUGGAGGUCAGCUGUCGUUCCAGCAUCACUGACCUUUCUCAGUUGCCAUCCAGUCUUUCCUGGAAGUCACUGGUGCUCCAGAUGUCGCUCACAUCAUACACCAAAGUGCUCUCUUCAGUUACCUGAUGAGGUAACCAUGGCCUUUGGCCAGGAGCAGGUGCCCAACCUUCCAAGAGUGUUUUGACCCCCUAACAAUGACACUCCCCAAUUGGCUGGUCAGCAGUCACUACCCAUCUGCUCCUGACUUCCAGCUUAACUCCUCCCGCCUGCUCCAUAUCCAGCAAGAGGCUCUUUCUGCUUCCUCCCCCAUCCCGCGAGCUGCUUGGUUCUUCUUUUCAUCGAGGCCCGGCGCAGACAACAACCUCCAUGCCGACCUUGCUGGGAACUCUCUACAGCCGAUCUCCAUGGGGAAUAGCCACAUCUGCUGUGCUUUGUCUCUGCACUCCUGGAUUAAGGACUGAUACUUAAGGGCCUUCCUCUUGUGAGUCUUCUUGAAUCCUUCCUCCCAUGGUACUAUGUGUGCCACCAGGAUGAUUUUCUUGUCUUCUGUGGACCACAGUACAAAAUCUGGUCAAAGUGUGGUUUGCACCAGUUCUGGGAACUGCAACUUCCUCCCCACAUCAACCCUCAUCUCCCAUAAAGCACUGGUGAGGCCUCACUUAGAGUAUUGUGAGCAGGUUUGGGCCCCUUAUCUUAGAAAGGUUGUGCGGAAACUGGAGAGAGUUAAAAGGAGGUUCACGGAAAUUAUUCCAGGAUUGAAUGGUUUGUCAUAUGAAGAACAUUUGAUGGCUCUGGGCCUGUUUUCAUUAGAAUUCAGAAGUAUGAGGGGUGACCUCAUUGAAACAUAUCAAAUGGUGAAAGGGCUCAAUAGAGUGGAUUUGGAGAGGAUAUUUCCUAUGGUGGGAGAGUCUAGGACCAGAUGACACAGCCUCAGAAUAGAGGGGCAGCCUUUUAGAUUGGAGAUGAGGAAUUUCUUUAGCCAGAUAGUGAUGAGGCAGCUAUGGAGGAUAAGCCUUUAUGUAUAUUUAAGGCAGAGGUUGAUAAAUUCUUGAUUGGUCAGGACUUGAAGGGAGAUGGUGAGAAGGCAGGAGAUUGGGGUUGAGAGGGAAAAUGGAUUAGCCAUGAUGAAAUGGUGUAGCAGACACAAUGGGCCAAAUGGCCUAAUUCGGCUCCUGUAUCUAUGAUCUUAUGGGCUUAAUUUCCAGAUGAGAAGUUAUUUAGUGUUCUGUGGUUGGAUAUAGCAUGCACAAUUUUGACUGUUGGGCUCUCUAUUUGUCCUGCAUGAUUCAAGCUGGUAGCUCAUUGAGAACAAACGGCCAUAAAUGACCAAUUGUCACUUGCUGGAAAGAGGGGAAUAAAUGGAUACUGGGUUAGAGCAGAGCCAAUAAGAAGGUGCUAAAGGUUAGACGUGUGACGUGUAGCCAAUGACUGAAAUGCAAUAUUUGAAUUGGUAAGAAAUGAGUGUUAAAGAAAACACUCUGAGUGUGCUGGCAGCAAUGACUCUCUGGGGGUUUACUAUCGUGGAUCUGAGGUGCCCCAUUGACAUGAAGAUUCGAAUGGGACUAUGAGAAACACGUCCAGCAGCAAAUAUUCCUUUUUAACUUGUAUUAUCUUUUUUAUUUGGUUGGUUAAGUUCAUGUGUUCUUCUGUUGAGAUAAUAAAGCCUGAGAAGAGUUUAUUCGUAAUAAAGGUACAUGUCAGUAAUUACAGAUUCUCUCUGUGCCUCCCUGAUCAUUAGUACAAGGGGUGAUACUAGUAACAGAAUUGGCAUCCCUGGGUGGGCUCGAGGU